CAGAAAGAACUGGCAGAGAGCAUUGGAAUAGAGGAGGAUGACACUGAAGACCGAGAGGUCCCUCCCACUGAGUGUGAGGAUGUGGCAGAUAUUGGUAGUCAUGAUGUGAAAGCAGAGCUUCCCUCCCACCUCAGCAUUACUAAGGAUGUUAUGGAGUGCUGCAUUCAUCUGCUGUCUGAUCCCAGCCUCAGGCUCCGACUCAAGAGCUGGGAUGCUCGUCUUCUGAUGGAGCGCUGUCGAGCUGUGAAGAGUCCAGAUAUCAGCGCUCACCUGGCUGGUACCAAGAAGGUUCAGCAAGUGCUCGCCAGACCUGGAGUCCUGGAGAGGUUCUUCCCGGACCAGCCUCAAGCUGUGCAGCAGAUCCGAGCGACAUUCGCUGACCUCUACUGAUGAUAAUACUUUUGAAAAUGGCAGUUUAAUUUAUUGGGCAAUUAUAAAAUCGUAUUUCUUAGGCUGGCUUUUAAGGAAGGAGAAAAGGUAUGUAUCAGUUGGCUGGGAAGAAAGAUGGAGGUGGAAAGGAUGUGCAAGCUAUGGGACAAAGUUGCUGAGACCAGGUUAAACAGAGGUGACGAUCAGUGAGCAGGAGUGUGGCUUCGUGCUGAAAAGAGCACAACAGAUUCUCUGGAGAGAAGGUGAAGGAAAGUCAGCUGAAGCAAGACAGUUUGUGGAGUUUGUGUUGGACUGUAUGUUAUGCUGGGAGCCUGGGGAUUAGUGGACUUUGAUUCCAAGUUAAUAUUAGCUAGUGUUUCUCACUGGUUUUUGGGCGGUGGAGUAAAAGGGAUUGGUUGGUGGCUGUUUCUAAUGUUAGCCUUUUCUUUGUUUUCUUACAGGCAGGGUAAAGACAUGGUGAUAAAUGAGUGUGUGGGCCAUCUGCUGAGGACCAAGAGCUCAGGACACUCAGACGGGGGCGUCGCAGCAGGAGUCACCGUGCUCGACAAUCCGCUGCUGUUCUGAGAUGUCCCACUCCUGCCUGCACAUAGAAACCACAGUGAAGUCAAAGUUCCACCUGCACCUCCACCUGUUCUUGUAAUAGUAUGAACACUGACAGAGAAUCUGCUGAUACUGAGUGGAAUCCAUGUGUCCCUCAACUUUGACAAGAUUCCCAGUCC